GGAGCUUGUCGUCGUCUGUAAGCAUUUCCGACCAAGCCUUUAGACACUUUUGAGUCACUCUUGACCUUUGACCAACACUUCAAGGAUCUCACGUUGAGAUUGCCAAAAAGGUCAAUUCAGCUUCACUCGCUCGGGAAGUCAAUCAUCUCCAGAGUUUGGGUCUUUGUGACAUCACAAUGGCCUUCCAGACAGUGCUCCGGUCGAGAGCUCCGGCAGCUCUUGCUCGAACCUGCCGAGCAUCCUCUACACAAUAUGUUCGCCUCAGCACAUCGCGGUCUCUCCGAGCCGCCGACGACAGCGACCUCAACAAGGUCUCGAAGUUCAUCACACAGCCCAAGUCGCAAGGUGCCUCGCAAGCCAUGCUCUACGCCACCGGUCUCGACGAUGCCGACAUGAAGAAGGCCCAGGUCGGCAUCUCCUCGGUGUGGUACGAAGGAAACCCCUGCAACAUGCACUUGAUGGACCUGUCCAAGGUCGUCAAGGAGUCCGUCAAACAGGCCGGUCUCAUCCCCUACCGAUUCAACACCAUUGGCGUCUCGGACGGUAUCUCCAUGGGAACCACUGGUAUGAGAUACUCCCUGCAGAGCAGAGAGAUCAUUGCCGACAGUAUUGAGACCGUCAUGGGUGGCCAGUGGUACGACGCGAACAUCUCCCUCCCCGGCUGCGACAAGAACAUGCCUGGUGUCCUGAUGGCCAUGGGCCGUGUGAACCGACCCAGUAUCAUGGUCUACGGUGGUACUAUCGCCCCCGGAUGCAGCAAGAGCGGCGCCGAGAUCGAUCUGGUCAACGCUUUCCAGGCCUACGGACAGUACAUCACCGGCGAGAUCACCGAGGAGGAGCGGUACGACAUCAUCCGUAACGCCUGCCCCGGCCAGGGAGCUUGUGGUGGCAUGUACACUGCCAACACCAUGGCUUCAGCUAUCGAGACCCUCGGCAUGUCGCUACCCGGCAGCAGCAGCACGCCAGCUGCCCACCCGGCCAAGAUCGAGGAGUGCAAGCGUGUUGGCGAGGCCAUCAAGCACAUCAUGAGGGAGGACAUCCGACCCCGCGAUGUCCUCACCCGGGAGGCCUUCGAGAACGCCAUGGUCGUCGUCAACAUCUUGGGAGGAAGCACCAACGCCGUGCUCCACCUGAUCGCCAUUGCUGACUCGGUUGGCAUCAAGCUGACCGUCGACGACUUCCAAAAGGUCAGCGACCGCACACCUUUCCUGGCCGACCUGAAGCCCAGCGGCAAGUACGUCAUGGCCGACAUGAUGACCAUCGGUGGCACCCCAGCUCUGCUCAAGUUCCUGCUCCAGGAGGGCAUCAUCACCGGCGAGGGCAUUACGGUGACCGGCAAGACGAUGAAGCAGAACGCCGAGGAGUGGCCCGAGAGCUUCCCCGCCGACCAGAAGAUCAUCCGCCCCUUCAACAACCCCAUCAAGCCCACGGGCCAUAUCCAGAUCCUGCGGGGACAGCUCGCCCCCGGCGGUUCCGUCGGCAAGAUCACGGGCAAGGAGGGCCUGGUGUUCAAGGGCAAGGCGCGCGUGUACGACUACGAGGAUGCUUUCAUCGAGUCGCUCGAGCGUGGUGAUAUCAAGAAGGGUGAGAAGACGGUCGUCAUCAUCCGCUACGAGGGCCCCAAGGGCGGUCCCGGCAUGCCGGAGAUGCUGAAGCCCUCUUCGGCCAUCAUGGGCGCCGGCCUCGGCCAGGACGUGGCCCUGCUGACCGACGGCCGCUUCUCCGGCGGCUCCCACGGCUUCCUCAUCGGACACAUUGUGCCCGAGGCAUUCGUGGGCGGGCCCAUCGCCUUCAUCAAGGACGGCGACGAGAUCGUCAUCGACGCCGAGAAGCGCAUAAUCGACUCUAACGUCCCCGAGGCCGAGUUCGAGAAGAGGAAGGCCGCCUGGAAGCAGCCCGAGCCCAGGUAUCUGAAGGGUACAUUGAGGAAGUACGCCCAUCUCGUGCAGGACGCCUCUUCAGGUUGUAUCACGGACGGCAGUGCGAGCGCAUAGUGAGAGGGAGGGAGAGAGAGGUGGAGAGAAAGAGACGGGGCGAGGUUUGAGUCGACGUUGGAUGUAGGAGCGCAUUGUGUCAACUAAAUAAUAAUCCUGUGUAUAUAACACUUUGUCAUCAAAAAAAGAGGCAUUGGGCCACGGCGGCUCUUCCAUGGUUUUGAUUUUGGCUGGCUUCUGGGUUCCGGAAAAUGGCGUAUUUUCCUAAUACCAAGAGUUUCUUUCUUUUCCUUCUUCUUCUUCUUGCAUAAUUUGACUUCAUGGUAAAAAUACACUCUGCGACCUGGGAACAGUGAUGCUUUGAUCAUGUCGUUGUCGUCAAAGUAGAGGAAGAC